UAAUGCUGAGAUCUUUGAGGAAAUAUCUACAGAGCGCGCUAUGUGCACAAUACCUAGGUAUCAAUCCAUCAUCGCAGGAGAGGAAUGCGUCUUCCGAGGGCAUCACAUGACAUGAUAGGACAGGACAAGAGUUCCUCAUCUCCCACCGACGACCCCGCAUGAGAUGUGCAUGCACGACACGGUAAACUCGGGAGGAUCCUGGACCACUGACUCGGCUAAUAAGGGAUGCCGUUCGCUUCUCUCCAUCCAUACGGAAAACUAACCGCGAGCGCAUCCUCAGAUCCAAUUCGGCAAUCAUCUUGUUGAAGGAGUAUAGCCAAGUGAAUCCUUUGUCCGUUGCCUUCCGCAUGAACCACUGCUCGCACUAAAGAAAUGAUCGCUAGAACCCUACCCGCACUUUGUUUUCCACAUCAACUCUUUCUUCCGUGCAGAUUCACUCUCCUAUCCAUCUAAUCACUUCUUUCAUAUUUUACCAAAAUGGCUUUGAACUGGUCACCGAAGAACCUUCCGAAGCAUAUCUUCAUCAAUAAUCAAUACGUAGAAUCCCAGAGUCACAACAAGAUCUCUGUCCACAAUCCUAAAGAUGGCUCGUUGAUUGCCAAUGACGUCGCUGUAGCUGGUGCAGAGGAUGUCGAUGCGGCUGUGGCAGCUGCUGAGAAAGCGUUUCCAGCAUGGAGAAAAGUGCUACCGACUGAGCGCCGCAACAUUAUGAACAAAUUUGCAGAUUUGGUGGAACAACACGGUGUAGCACUUGCAGAGCUAACGCGUGUUUCGCUCGGAGCACCUUACGAGGCUUUUGGGGCCUUCGAGGUUGGGCUUUGCGCCGAAGCAUUCCGAUACAACGCAGCUUGGAUUGACAAAUUUGGCGGCGAGUCUUGGCCUCAAGACGACGGUUUCCUCAAAAUCGUACGGAACGAACCUCUAGGAGUCACGGCAGGUAUUGUACCAUGGAAUGGUCCCGUGGGUACAAUUGGCCUAAAGGCAGCACCAGCACUUGCUACUGGCAACUGCUUCAUUUUAAAACCCUCCGAAAAAACACCUUUCUCCUCACUCGCCCUGGGAACUCUGAUCAAAGAAGCUGGCUUCCCACCCGGCGUAUUCCAGAUUCUCUCAGGAGACGGCAGCACUGGAGCUUUGCUUGCCAGCCAUAUGCGCAUCCGCAAGGUGUCGUUCACCGGAUCCAUUCCUACUGGCAAGAAGAUCCAAGAAAUGGCUGCGAAAUCCAAUCUCAAACGAGUCACUCUAGAGUUGGGCGGCAAAUCGCCGGCUGUAGUCUUCGACGACUGCAAUUUGGAGAAUGCAGUGACCUGGACAGCCAAUGCCAUUACUGCAAACACAGGACAAGUUUGCUUUGCCGCGUCGCGCGUUUACGUUCAAGAAGGCAUCUACGAUAAGUUCAUCGAGAAAUACAAGGAAGCCAUGAAGACCAAGGCCAAGGAAGUCGGUGAUCCCAACGAAAAAGGCGUCAACAUCGGACCUCUCGUAGACGAAGCCCAGUUCAACCGUGUGCGAGGCUUCAUUGAACGCGGCCAGCAAGGACAGGGAAAACUCCUUGUUGGUGGGCAGCGCAUUGGAGACAAAGGGUUCUACCUUGAGCCCACUGUCUUCACUGACGUUGACAUCAACUCAGAGAUCCAUUGUCAGGAAAUUUUUGGACCAGUGGCUGUGGUGAAGUCCUUCAAAACCGAAGAGGAAAUCAUGAAACUGUCCAACGACACCAACUUCGGGCUGAUGGCUGGUGUCUUUACCCAGGAUAUCAACAAAGCUUUGAGAGUUGCGAGCGAUUUUGAUUCUGGCAUGGUUGGUGUCAACUGCGUGAGUUUGAUGUUCAUGCAGACCCCGUUUGGUGGAAGUAAGGAGAGCGGCGUGGGCCGCGAAUGCGGUAUCCAUGCGUUGAAAGCGUUUACGGAACCGAAGACAAUUAUGAUCAAUUUGACGUAUUAG